AGGUUGAAUCCCAAUUAAAGAAAAUGAAAAAGGUUUAUUUAGAAUUUUUAUUCAUAUAUUUUGAUCUUCCUUAAGCAUAAAAAGAAAAGAGAAAUAAUUGAUUCCAUCGUCCAUCGUUGAUUGGUUAAAACUUUGAACUACAAUUCAAACCGAGUGAAAGAAAAUUUCUACCAGAGCAACAUAAAGCUUUAGCAAUGGAGACAAGACUCUCUGCAUCUCUGGGUCUCCCUUCUUCUGACUUAAAUCAUCCGCCAAUCAACACCAACUUCGCCUCCCUUUUCACCCAUCUCAUCACUGUCACUUCAUCUCCGGAAAAUCCUCAAAAACCCUUCAAACCUCUCCUACAUCACCUCUCGUUUGCCUCUGCCUCCAUUUCUGCAGAUCCUCAAACUGCAAAACCCACCAAGUUUCGUAUUCCGCUCCCUUUCGCCAAUUCAAUUGGAUCCCAGCAACCCAAAUCGCCUAAAUUCCCCAAAUGGCUAGAACCCAGAUCAAGAAACAGCUCCAAAGCCCAAACCCUUAUGAAAAACUUAUCUGUCUUCGAAAGAGCUCUAAUCGGUGCAGGUGGUGGUGGAAUUGCCGGUGCAUUUACUUACGUAUGCCUUCUCCCACUCGAUACCAUCAAAACCAAAAUGCAGACAAAGGGUGCUUCCGAGAUUUAUGCUAACACCUUUGAUGCAGUAGUCAAAACUUUCCAGACGAAUGGUAUUCUUGGAUUUUACAGAGGAGUUUCAGCUGUUAUUGUAGGUUCAACGGCUUCUUCAGCUGUUUAUUUUGGGACAUGUGAGUUUGGGAAGUCCUUUUUGUCCAAAUUGGAGUAUCCAGCUUUGCUUAUUCCUCCAACUGCUGGUGCUAUGGGAAAUAUUGUUUCAUCAGCUAUAAUGGUACCCAAAGAGUUGAUUACUCAAAGAAUGCAAGCUGGUGCUAAAGGAAGCUCAUGGCAAGUCUUGUUAAGAAUUUUAGAAAAAGAUGGGAUUUUGGGUCUUUAUGCUGGUUACUCAGCUACAUUGUUGAGGAAUUUGCCUGCUGGGGUGUUAAGUUAUUCCUCGUUUGAGUAUUUAAAAGCUGCGGUUUUGAGAAAGACAAAACAGACUAAUUUGGAGCCAAUUCAGAGUGUUUGUUGCGGUGCUUUGGCUGGUGCAAUUUCAGCUUCUUUGACUACUCCUCUCGAUGUCGUGAAAACAAGGUUGAUGACUCAGGUCCAUGGGAAUAAAGUUGCUGCUGCUAUGUAUAGUGGGGUUAAUGCAACGGUGAAGCAGAUUUUCAAGGAGGAAGGUUGGAUUGGUUUGACUAGUGGACUGGGGCCUAGAGUUGUUCAUAGUGCUUGUUUUUCAGCUCUGGGCUAUUUUGCAUUUGAGACUGCCAGGCUUGCAAUUUUGCAUCAGUAUCUGGAGCACAAGGAGAAAGAGUUGUCCAAAAUCAGUGUUGCACCGGCUUGAGUUACAAUUAGUGGUUCCAGUUGUUCAGUGGCUUUCUGGAAUGGAUGAGUUUGUGCUCUGCCUUUCACGGAACUUUUUGGCUAUGUCAGAUAUGGGUAUAUCAGUAUGUAUUCUACAUGAAUGUGUUAAAUGUUUUCCGAGUUCUCUCUUGGAAGGUCUCAUCGUUAUAUCUAGAUGUGCGUGGAGCAUGAGUGCUGGAUAUUGAUGCUUGGAAGAAAAGACGAAGACUGGGAGCAACAUCGGCUUGGGUAGGAAAUUGCUGCCUUGGAACUGUAGAUACUUUGAUAUAGAAAAGCAUAUGAUGUAUGCUGUAGGAUUCAAAGCAACAAGGAGAUACUUUAUGGCGAGUAUAGCUGGUCUGCGAUGCAUCUGCACAAUUAUAUGGAAAGUAGGGGUGUGAAAAAAUUUUCUAAUCCUAAAAAAUCGGAUAAAAAAAUAGAAUUUUUUGGUUUA